AUGUCGCAAUUGGAUGCUCUCACAAAUAAUGGUACCCCCUCACCUCCUAAGGCUGUAGAUAGUCAUUCUGUGUUAGAUGUAAAGCUACCUGAUAUCACCUUACCAAAAUUUAAUGGUGAUUAUAGUGAGUGGACACAGUUUAUAGAUUUAUAUAAUUCAUUCAUUCACAGUAAUACCAAAUUACCUCCUGUGACUAAGUUGCACUAUUUAAAGGGAGCUCUGUUAUCAUCUGCUGCAAAAUUAAUUUCAUCACUAAACUUAAGUAAUGAAAAUUACAUGGUCGCCUAUGAUCUUUUAUGCAAAACGUAUGAUAAUAAAUAUUUAAUUCUGAAUUCACUUUUGCAGCAGAUUGAUAACAUAGCUCAAGUACACAGAUGUACGCAUGAAUUCUUAGGCAAUUUCUUGUGCAGCGCUAGGCAGCAGGUACAUGCUCUUUUGGCAGCGUAUGAUCCAACAAAAUACUGGGAUCUCAUCCUGUUGUAUAUGUUAAACAAGAAGGUGGAUAGCAGCACUAGAAUGGCGUGGAAUUUAGCUAGGAAUGGGAAUGUGCUUCCAACGGUCAGUGAAUUUUUUUCGUUUUUAGAAUCAAGAGUAUGUGCGUUGGAAAACUCUUUUAAAUUAGAAAAUAAGGCUAGUCAGGAAAGCAUUAGUAACAUAAGAUAUUUUUAA